GAUACCGCGCCUGUCUGCCGGCUGCUUGCUAGACGCACUCCGCUCACCGUGCUGCGCUUUUCACGAAAUAUCUUGUGUUAACAUAAUAAUAACCUAUAUUCGUGUUAAAUAUGUGUGUGAACAAAAAACGAAGAAGAUUUAAUUAAAAAUUCUUCUUAAAAAUAUUUGUAAAUAUUUUUGUGUUUCCGAAGUUGGAUAUCAUGAUAACAACCAUGACGUCAUUCAUAUUAUUGAAGACAAACUCUUUUUUAUUGAGAAUGAACAGAGAAGAUAAUGUUAACUGGUUUCAUGGGAAAAUAUCUCGGGAUACGGCUGAGAAGCUCUUAAAAGAAGAAGGAGAGGAUGGUGUGUUUUUAGUGCGUGAAAGUAACACUUCCCCUGGAGAUUAUGUCCUCUCAGUUUUACAUCAGGGGGAAGUUGUGCAUUAUCAAAUCCGAAGACAUGGCGAAGAUGCCUUCUUUUCGAUUGAAGAGCACACUACAGUUCAUGGACUGGACACACUCAUACAACAUUACCGAGGAGACUCCAACGGACUGGUUACCAGACUAUCUGUGGUCUGCAAGGGACAGCCACCACCUCAUGAGUCUCGCACACAAGGAACUACCAAUCUAUUACACAGAGCCACAGAGGCCGGUGAUUUCAACGUAGUAUCUCAAUUACUAGCGUGUGGUUACCGCAACCGCGACGCUAAGAACCAGGAUGGACAGACAGCGGUUCACAUCGCCGCGAGGUCUGGCAGAGACAGUAUACUUGCCAAGCUGAUUGAGAGUGGAGCCACUGUUAAUGUUAGAGACUCAUUUGGAUACACGCCUUUACAUUAUACAUGCCAGAACAACUUGCCAAGUACGACAGAGCUCUUGAUAACUAAAGGCAAUGCUAACUACCAGAUGAGACAUGCGCCCACCGGAAAGGUGCCUCUACACGACGCCGCGCAGAGAGGACAUAUUGAAUGCAUCAAGGUUCUACUGAAACUCAAAGCCCCAGCGCACGCAAGAACUUUGGCGCACGACACGCCAGCUGACCUGGCCAAACAUUAUGGACACACAGAAUGCUAUCAAUUACUGAAAAAUCACCAACCAGAGGUUCCAAAAACAUCGAAAAAAUUGUGGUAUCACGGCACCCUGAACAGGGAGGAAGCUGUGAAGACAUUGGAGGAAUACUGCAAACAUCACAAGGUCGAGGGCAAGGCUUCCGAUGGUGUCUUCCUCGUACGUUACAGCGAGAGACAUACCGGAGCCUACGUGCUGACGAUGCUUAGCGAAAAUACACCUUAUAAUUUUAUUAUUAGGAAAGAGGCAAGCUGGUUGUUUAUUGACGACGGUCCUUACCUAGAAUCUCUAGAGCGACUGAUCGAGCACUACAGUACUGUGCCCGAUGGUCUGCCUACCCGCCUUACCACCGCAGUGCCGCCCAAACCUAAACCACCUCUACCUGAAUUCUCCACAAUGCCACGGACCAAGAAGUUAGCGUCGAGCCGGGCCGCCAUGUCCAACCAGUCGCUGUCUCUAGUGAAGCACGACAUACUGAGCGACAAACAGAUGUCGGCACAGACGUCCCCGCCCACCUCCAUACAGUCCAACAACAACAUGUUCGAACUACUCACAAGGAACUUGUCAUUCUCGUCCGACUUCAAUAACGAUAGUAUUAAUAACAACGAUGAUUCGUUAGAUGACAAUGACACUUACAAAGUGCCUGCCAACAAUAGUGCCGUUGUUACAUUAGCUGAAAAUUACAAUGAAAUAUCUAUUAACUCUGAUGGCCAGCUUUCCACACUGCAAGAAUUUAUCCCAAUGAGCGAGCUAACACUGGGGGCGGUGCUGGGCGAGGGUGAGUUUGGUUCAGUACUGCGAGCGACGUACAGUCCGGGCGACCAGCCGCCGCAGCCCGUCGCAGUGAAGACGUUACACAUGCAACACACAGACACCAACAAGAAGGAAUUCCUCUCUGAAGCCAAGGUCAUGAUGUCCGUACGACACCGCUGCAUUGUCAGACUCAUUGGAGUCUCCUUGGGCCCACCAUUAGCAAUGAUACAAGAGUUAGUGCCUUUGGGGUCUCUACUAGAAUACCUCGUGCGACACCCAGACAAAGCGUCGCCUGGAUAUGAACUGCGACUGUGGGCGUGCCAAGUGGCGGCCGGUAUGCGGUACUUAGAGAGACGUCGUUUUGUACACCGCGACUUAGCUGCGAGGAACAUUCUGCUAGCUAGCAGACAUCAAGCAAAAAUAAGCGACUUUGGUCUAUCGAGAGCUCUUUCGACGGACAGUUCGUACUACAAGGCGAGUCGCGGUGGUAAAUGGCCCAUCAAGUGGUAUGCGCCGGAGUCGUACAACUAUGGCACGUUCAGCCACGCCAGCGAUGUAUGGAGCUACGGUAUCACGCUCUGGGAGAUGUUCUCCUACGGGAAGCAACCUUAUGGAGACAUGAGAGGCAUUGAGGCUAUACAAGUAGUGGAAAGCGGGAAACGUUUGGAAAGACCAAAGGAUUGUCCUGAUGAAAUAUACCAAGUGAUGCUCGACUGCUGGGCGUAUAACCCAGACGUGAGGCCCAGUUUCAGUCAACUAGUCGACGUGUUCUCACAGCACCCUGACUACGUCAACAUCAGCCAACUAGCGCUGGAGAACGAAGAUGCUAAUGUUUAAGAAGCACUCUAAUGAAAUGUAGGUAUUUAAUUUAUGUUAAUUUUAGUGUACAGACAGACAUGUUAAGCUACUUCAAGCUGCCAAUUUUACGACCAAUAAACUAAUAUCUUACUUUUGUUCUUUUGCCUAAACCAGUAUCUUGCAUAUUACGGCACCUUUUAUGCCACCGUUUCCUUUAUUGGUUAGCCAUGAAUAUAGCGUAUCUUUUUUUCACUUCCCCGUCAAUUUUACCGUUAUUAAUAGAUCUUCGACGUUAUUGCAAAAAAUUAGAGUUGAAAAUCUCCUAAACAGUAUGGAGUAGCUUGAUAAUUAGGUGUCUGUAUUCGGUACGUAGGUUCACUAGAGUUUAUAUUUAGGGCUAAGAACUAUGUUUCAGACGAAAAUCUUGGCGGAAAACCUGGAGGUUCUUAUUUGUUUUGUCAAUUUUUUAUUUAAGUAUACUUAGGACCGUCACAGUGUUUUAACAGUAUGUUUUUAAUUUUAAAUAGCAUUGCAUUUUCCAGUACUAUGUAGAUUUACGACGGAUAGUGCGAAUUUUCUAUAUUUUCUACUAUGAAUGAAACUUUGCGAUGAUUCCAGUGUAUGUACAGAAUGUUGGAAAGUAUUGUCUAUAAUACCUCUCUACGUGUGUAUGUCUCUACACCAUUAAAUGCACAAAUAACAUGACGAGAACAACGAAAUAAUAUUAGUUUGAAAAUAUUCGUGAUAUCAGUAAUGACAUGCCAUGAUGUGCCUGAUUUACGUAUUAUUCUAUAACUAGCAGUAAGUCUAUGUAAAUAGAAUAUACAUAUUUUGAACAUGUUUUAAUAUUAUACUGGUAAGGUAUCGAAA